GAAUUCAUGAAAAUAAUAAUUCAUGAAAACCCAGUGAAGGUGAGCUGAAUGCCAUAGUGUUGGGCUGUAUCUAAAUAAUAUAUUCUAGAACCCAUGUGUCCUUGUGACCUCAUUGGCUGUCACAUGACCUCCCUCACCUGUCUGGGAGGAGGAGGAUGCACUGGAAGGAUCCGUUCAUCACCUUCACCUUCCCCAACAAGGUGAUCUUCACCAUUGGCUCCCUGGGGCUCUUCUGCAUCCACGCCGGGAUCCUCAUCGGGGACUUCUACCACUUCCUCGUCUCCCAGCGCGGAGACCUCAUGAGCUUCCGCUUCACCCUGGUCCUCCUGUUCUCCCACGUGACCAGCUUCUACUGGAGCUUACUGGCCACCAUCUACACCUUACAAGCGGAAGACAGCGUCCUGAUGUUCUUCGCUUUGACCUCAAUCGCCUUGAACUUUGGCCUCUUCCUGGCCCGGUUCUGCAUGGACUACUUGACCAUCGACUACCGAGAGGAGCAAUACUAAGAAGCCGCAUCAGAAAAGAACGAGCAACGGAAGUCAAUGGGUUUGAUUCACCGAGAGGAGAGUUUUAAUACAUUGCCAGCAAACAAGGCUAAGGCCUGUUGACGGGAUCCCCAAGACAUCCCAUAAUCACAGUCAUUCGUUGCAAAGGAUCGUGCCUUUCAACCAUUUCUAUGGUCAAGGGGAUGUUGGAAAAGCCGUCCAUUGCAAACCUUACAAAACUGUACAGGACGAGUCUCAGAAGAGCUGCCAUCGUGUGUAAUAAAAUAACCGCUAUAUAGCCGUCAAA